GGGAGCAGUUCGCGGCAGUUAGCGCGGGAGCCGGGCGCUGGGGCGCUUGGGCGCCUGGGCUGCAGGACGGGGGGAACGGAAGCCGCUGCGGGGCGCAGAGGAAGCCAGAAUGGCGACUCCGAGCAGAAAGACGUCCGCCGCAAGCCCCCAGGCUUCUAAGAGAGCUCUCCCAAGAGACCCUUCGUCAGAGGUCCCGAGCAAGAGGAAGAAUUCGGCUCCGCAGUUGCCGCUGCUGCAGUCGUCCAGGCCCUUCGUGGAAGGCUCUAUCGUCCGCAUCUCGAUGGAGAACUUCCUAACAUAUGAUAUUUGUGAAGUAUCUCCUGGACCCCACUUGAAUAUGAUCAUUGGAGCCAAUGGAACAGGGAAGUCGAGCAUCGUGUGUGCCAUUUGCCUUGGUUUAGCUGGGAAACCUGCUUUCAUGGGACGAGCGGAUAAAGUUGGGUUUUUUGUGAAGAGAGGAUGUUCCAGAGGCAUGGUUGAAAUUGAAUUGUUCAGGGCUUCUGGAAAUCUUGUAAUCACCCGUGAGAUUGAUGUGGCAAAAAAUCAGUCCUUUUGGUUCAUCAACAAAAAAUCUACCACGCAGAAAGUAGUGGAAGAGCAAGUUGCAGCCUUAAAUAUUCAAGUGGGGAAUCUUUGCCAGUUUCUACCUCAGGACAAAGUUGGAGAAUUUGCUAAACUCAGCAAAAUUGAACUACUUGAAGCCACUGAAAAGUCCAUUGGUCCCCCAGAAAUGCACAGAUAUCACUGUGAACUGAAAAACUUCAGGGAAAAAGAAAAACAGCUUGAGACCUCAUGCAGAGAGAAAACUGAAUAUCUACAGAAAAUGGUUCAGAGGAAUGAACGAUAUAAACAGGAUGUGGAGAGGUUCUACGAACGGAAGCGACAUUUAGAUUUGAUUGAGAUGCUUGAAGCAAAAAGGCCAUGGGUGGAAUAUGAAAAUGUUCGUCAGGAAUAUGAAGAAGUAAAACUUGUUCGUGACCGAGUGAAGGAAGAGGUCAGAAAACUUAAAGAAGGGCAGAUUCCUAUGACACAUCAAAUUGAAGAAAUGGAAAGGGAGCGUCACAAUUUGGAGGCUCGAAUCAAAGAAAAGGCAACAGACAUUAAGGAGGCAUCUCAAAAAUGCAAACAGAAGCAAGACGUUAUAGAAAGGAAAGAUAAACAUAUUGAAGAACUUCAGCAGGCUUUAACAGUAAAGCAAAAUGAAGAGCAUGACCGACAGAGGAGAAUAAGUAAUACCCGCAAAAUGAUAGAGGAUUUACAAAACGAACUGAAGUCCACAGAAAACUGCGAGAAUCUUCAGCCCCAGAUUGAUGCCAUUACAAAUGAUCUGAGACGGAUUCAGGAUGAAAAGGCAUUAUGUGAAGGCGAGAUAAUUGAUAAGCGAAGAGAGAGGGAAACUCUAGAGAAGGAGAAAAAGAGUGUGGACGAUCAUAUUGUACGUUUUGACAAUCUUAUGAAUCAGAAGGAAGAUAAGUUAAGACAGAGAUUUCGUGACACAUAUGAUGCCGUUUUAUGGCUAAGAAAUAACAGAGACAAAUUUAAACAAAGAGUCUGUGAACCCAUAAUGCUCACGAUCAAUAUGAAAGAUAAUAAAAAUGCCAAAUAUAUUGAAAAUCAUAUUCCAUCAAAUGACUUGAGAGCCUUUGUAUUUGAAAGUCAAGAAGAUAUGGAGGUUUUCCUCAAAGAGGUUCGUGACAAUAAAAAAUUAAGAGUAAAUGCUGUUAUUGCUCCCAAGAGUUCAUAUGCAGACAGAGCACCGUCAAGAUCUUUGAAUGAACUUAAACAAUACGGAUUUUUUUCUUAUUUGAGAGAGUUAUUUGAUGCACCUGAUCCUGUAAUGAGUUACCUUUGCUGUCAGUAUCAUAUUCAUGAAGUUCCUGUAGGAACUGAAAAGACCAGAGAAAGAAUUGAACGGGUAAUACAAGAAACCCGAUUAAAACAAAUUUAUACAGCAGAAGAGAAGUAUGUGGUGAAAACUUCUUUUUAUUCAAACAAAGUUAUUUCUAGUAACACAUCUCUAAAAGUAGCCCAGUUUCUCACAGUCACUGUGGACCUAGAGCAAAGAAGACACUUAGAAGAACAGCUAAAGGAAAUUAAUAGAAAAUUGCAAGCAGUGGAAUCAGGGUUGAUUGCCUUACGUGAAACUAGCAAACACCUGGAGCACAAAGACAAUGAACUUAGACAAAAGAAGAAGGAGCUUCUUGAGAGAAAAACGAAGAAAAGACAACUGGAACAAAAAAUUAGUUCCAAACUAGGAAGUUUAAAGCUCAUGGAACAAGAUACUUGCAACCUUGAAGAGGAAGAGCGAAAAGCAAGUACCAAAAUCAAAGAAAUAAAUGUUCAAAAAGCAAAACUUGUUACCGAAUUAACAAACCUAAUAAAGAUUUGUACUUCUUUGCAUAUACAAAAAGUAGAUUUAAUUCUACAAAAUACUACAGUAAUCUCUGAGAAGAACAAAUUAGAAUCAGAUUAUAUGGCUGCAUCUUCACAACUCCGUCUUACAGAGCAACAUUUCAUUGAAUUGGAUGAAAAUAGACAAAGAUUAUUGCAGAAAUGCAAGGAACUUAUGAAGAGAGCUAGGCAAGUAUGUAACCUGGGUGCAGAGCAGACUCUUCCUCAAGAAUACCAGACACAAGUACCCACCAUUCCAAAUGGACACAACUCCUCACUCCCCAUGGUUUUCCAGGAUCUUCCAAACACUUUGGAUGAAAUUGAUGCUUUAUUAAUUGAAGAAAGAUCAAGAGCUUCCUGCUUCACGGGACUGAAUCCUACAAUUGUUCAGGAAUAUACAAAAAGAGAAAAAGAAAUAGAGCAGUUAACUGAGGAACUAAAGGGAAAGAAAGUUGAACUAGAUCAAUACAGGGAAAACAUUUCACAGGUAAAAGAAAGGUGGCUUAAUCCUUUAAAAGAGCUGGUAGAAAAAAUUAAUGAAAAAUUCAGCAAUUUUUUUAGUUCCAUGCAGUGUGCUGGUGAAGUUGAUCUCCAUACAGAAAAUGAGGAAGAUUAUGAUAAGUAUGGAAUUCGAAUUAGAGUCAAAUUUCGCAGUAGUACUCAACUUCAUGAAUUAACUCCUCAUCAUCAAAGUGGAGGUGAAAGAAGUGUUUCUACCAUGUUAUACUUGAUGGCACUACAGGAGCUAAAUAGAUGUCCAUUCAGAGUAGUGGAUGAAAUCAAUCAGGGAAUGGACCCAAUCAAUGAACGGAGAGUGUUUGAAAUGGUUGUAAAUACUGCCUGUAAAGAAAAUACAUCUCAAUACUUUUUCAUAACACCAAAGCUCCUGCAGAAUCUUCCUUAUUCUGAAAAGAUGACAGUAUUGUUUGUCUACAAUGGCCCUCAUAUGCUGGAACCAAACAGAUGGAAUUUAAAGGCUUUCCAAAGACGGCGGCGCCGUAUUACAUUCACUCAACCUUCUCAAUAAAAGUAAAGAGAGGAAACUUGGGAAUUUUUCUGUUAAAUUCUCUUUAUAAGUAUGGCUCAACUGAAUAAAAGGAGAUUAAAACGGAAGCAGUUAUUUUUGGAAACCUGCUUUUAAAUACAAAUAGGUUGAUAAUGGAAACCAUAAUGACCUUUCUAAAACAUCAUCUGGUAGUAAAAGUUAAGUCUUCUUCAGUCUUGGUUGAACUUGAGUCCUUAGCAACUCUGACCAUCAGUCAUUGAGUUCUCAUGUUAAAAGGUACUUAAUAUUACACAUCAAGGGUACAGUAGAAGAGGGUUUAAUCAAUCACAAGAAGUUUACUUAUAUGGUAUCCCUGAGCUUUAAUUGCAGAGUAACUUUAAUUACUUUUAGAGCCUAAAGAUGACACUAGAGCCUAAGCCCUAGUUUCUCCCAGUGUUAUAUUUAAUUUUUAAAAAUUGAUAGGAAAAUGUCUAAUGUAUAGUAAUAAUUUAUGACAGAUCUAUUCAUUUCUUCCUGUUAAAAAGAUUACCUUAUCUCCAGUAGGAAAUGGAGUUUUAUGGGCCUUUAAAAGAAACUUUUAUGAAACUUGAUGCUGUAAUUGUAUUGGUAUUUCAAAGGGAAAGAAGCACUGGAGUUCAAAAAUGGUAGCAGGACUGCUUUGAAAUGCUACAAGGUGGCCACUAGAUGAUGCAAAAUGCAACCAAACGAUUGACAGAGAAUAAAAUCCAGUGACAAGAGUUUUUAAAGAAUAACCUUGUAAAGUGUUGGGGCGGGGUUUUUUUUUAAAAUUUUAUUUAAAGUCAAUUGUAUUUUACAUCUUAAAUUUCUAAAAGCAUUUUUAUAAUUAUUUUUAGUAAGAUUUUUCUUAAAAUUUCAUAUACUGGUUUCUACAAUUUAUAUUUGAAAUUUAUUAGUGUUAUGUAAAGAGUGAGGUAUCAUUGAUUUCUUUAAAAUCAUAAUGUUUUUAGAACUUAAGCCUAUAGGGCCUUUCUUACAUUGUUGAUAUACCCAUUAUCUUAGAAAUUCUAGUUUAAACUGUUUUCUUUCAGUGCAAAAGAAUUGAAUGGGAAAAUAAUUUAUCUCUAAGUUAUACUAAUUAAUAGAGCCAAACAAAUUAUCUUCUUUUAAAAAAUAAAUCUUUUAAGAAAAUGGACAGUCCAAGGUCAUGUCUUUGAACAGUGGAUUGGACUGUGCCAGUAAUUACAAAAUUAUUUUUUUGGCUUGCUUGCCUGAAUAAAUUGAAGAAUUGCAUUCA